CUACAACAUUUUCGUUUUAGACCGGUAUUUCGCAGCUACAAACCACAAAACGAAAUCACUCCAUGCCAAAUAAUCCCUAAAAUGGCUGCUGGAGACAUAGAAGAAGUUGUUGGCAACCAAUUGGAUCUUCUCAAUCAUACAAUAGCGAUAGACGAAAUUGAUAUUGCAAAUCUGGCACCCCGAAAGCCGGAUUGGGACUUGAAACGCGAUGUUUCGAAAAAGUUGUCUAUUUUAGACAGGAGAACGCAGAAAGCAAUAGCUGAACUUAUACGAGAGAGAUUGAAAACAAAUCAAGAAAGUCAUGAUAUAUUUCAAGUUGUUAACGUUGCAACAUCACAAGCAAGUGAAAAUAAGCUUUAAAAAAAUGAAAAUCAUAUACAAAAAAAAAAAAAAUUAAAUAUAUUUAUUUAUAGUGGCAAAUUGUAAUUAAGUGCUAUUUGUGUUUCUUCUUUAAUAAAACGUCUUUUUUGAUAUCCA